AUGGCCACGUUGAAGGAGGUCUCGGCUGGUGGCCCGGUCGACCUGAAUUCAUUGAAUCAAAUUAUCAUCUCUAUCGAGCAACCCGUGAUCCAUGCCAAAUCACCUGUCGUUCGAAGGAAGGCCCCAGCGACUAGGAGCAUUCAAGUCCUCCAAAACAGCGAACUCAGAGAUACUUGCCCAUCCUCUCCAUCCGCGCUUCCAUUCUCCAUAUCCGUUACCGCGGCGAGGCGUGAUAUCUUUCAUGCAUCUAGCCUCAUCAAUCUACACAACAUACCCAAUUUUCGUACAGAUGUAAAGGACCUGAAAGAAAUAAGCUUAAAUGCGAAAGACUUGCCGCAAGGAGUACAGCAAGAAGUCCGCGUUACCCCGAACCACACAUAUUACCCAUCAACCCUUCCAGGAUACCUUGUUCCGUCCGAUGGGUUUUGCGAUAAGCUACCACUCGGGCAGACAUUUACCAUCGAGUUCCCAGUAAGCACACCUAUCAGUACCACAACGGGUCUUUCGAACUUCAUGGCUUUUGGCCCUCAAGCACUCGUUAGACUGAACGAAGGAAUUCUUAUUAAAAGCCUGUCAGGACUACGACUCGGAAUGGUUUACGAAUCUCCUUCUCCUUAUCGAGCAAUCCAUGGACCUCUUACGGACUCCUGGAGAGUUUGGAAUAUAGCUAAUAUGGCUCUCGGUCGAGAUGAACAAGUCUUUAUACCAAGAGAUGUUAUGGGCGAUAUGAAUGAUCCCUCGUUCACCCGAGUUCGAGACGUAGUGAUGCUCGAUGUCAUUAUACAGCUGGAAAAUGAUGCUCCGCAAGAGAACACUGCCGCUCCGACUGGUAGUUCCGAAGAGCUAUAUGAUAACGACGAUGACGAUGAUUAUGAUGACUACGAGGAAGAAGAAAUGUCCAACAGGAAAACCCGCCGAGACUCAUCGAGCGUGUCUAGCAAAAAAACCCACGAUUCCCCAUCUCAGUCUCAGUACAAAACGAUGCUCUCCUCCCUUUUCCGUCAUGUAACCUCCGUCCUUCGAGAUCCAGCCGCAACGCUGGUUCCGCAGCCAAAACCCCAACCUACACUGUAUCCAUUCACCAAACUCCCUGCUAUCGCUCCAACUGGUCUCGGCGCCGCAGGCGUCAUCGACGUCCCAGAUGCUCCUGACUCCUCAAUUGGCCCUCAAACCGCCCCCUUGAUCUGGAAAACAAUCUUCUUCGCCGGUCAAGCCUGCUCUGGGAAACUCCCCGACUCCGCCCCCCGAAACCACGAAGUCAUCAUCAUCCGCCGCGGCGGUUGCACCUUCCACGACAAACUAAGCAACAUCCCGGCCUUCACACCCAUAUUCGCGUCCCUCAAACUAGUCAUCAUAAUCGACCACGAAAAGGCCUCCGAAGAAGACGGGUUCCCCGAGGGUGCCGGCAGCGGUCUCUUCAGACCGUUGAUCGACAAACGACAGGUCACGCCCAAGGGCGUUUUGAGGAGAGAUGCGAUUAGUAUGGUUAUGGUGUCUGGGGGCGACGAGACGGAGGCGGUUUUUAGGAGGUGUAGGAGUGUGGGGAUUAGAAGGAGGUAUCAUGUUGAGAGUCAGGGGAAGGUGGUGGGGAAUGUACAUGUUAUAUAG